AUCUUUGCACAGUUAGUUAGCAUCAAGAGAAAGAAAAAACAAAAAUAAACAAAAAAUGUCUCUGGCAUCUUCAAUCCCAUGCAUCAAAAUCCCAACUUGUUCCUCUUCUCCAUCAUGUUCUUCCUCAACUUCAUCCUAUUCUUUCAGGUUUUCUUCUUCCAAGCCUCACAGUGUCACUAUAAGGAGCUCUCAGGCUGAAGGGCCUGUGAGAAGGCCAGUGGCACCCCAGAUAAGAGAACCAUCAUCAACAAGUGUUCCUCCUCAGCUUCAGAAGCCAGCACUUCCUUCUCAGACUCCUCCAUCACCCCCUUCAGUGGUGCCUCCACCACAGAAGCCUGCUAGUUCUGUUGUUGGGGAUGGUAAGAAUGUCAUUACAUUAGAGUUUCAGAGGCAAAUGGCUAAGGAGUUGCAGGAAUACUUCAAACAGAAGAAGCUUGAAGAAGCAAAUCAGGGUCCUUUCUUUGGUUUCAUAGGGAAAAAUGAGAUUAACAAUGGAAGAUGGGCAAUGUUUGGUUUUGCAGUAGGAUUGCUUACAGAGUAUGCAACAGGCUCAGACUUUGUUGAUCAAAUAAAGAUCCUUCUCUCGAAUUUUGGGAUAGUAGAUUUGGAAUGAAUGAAUACCUCAAUAUGAAAUACUGUCAAUACUUUCUUGUUCCUGUCGCUGGUGUAAACUAUGUUGAGUAAUUUGUUUUGUAAUUCAUUUGUACAAAACAAGCUUUCUCUUCAUAUUGAUGAAUCUCAAGAAUUUGAUGUUCCUUUUCCCAUUA